AAGCUGCCUGCCAUGGCGGCGGCAUCGUCCUCGCGGCAGCAGCAACAGCAGCCUUCACCCCUCGUCGCCAUCCUCUUUGUGGCCUCGACAGCAUCUCGUGGACCUCAAGUCGUGUUUCGUUACCCUCGCAAGCCCCAGCUGCUGCGUCGCCUCUCUCGAAUCCGAUAUUAUACCCCACACAAACAAGGCGGUCGAGGUGAUCAACACGAUGCUGCUGAGCAGCUCAGGGAUCGAGCACAGUGGGACGAGGAAGGAGAAGACUCGGAUGAGAACGCAGCAAAGAAUGUCAAUCGGGCAGGUGACGGAGACGACGACGAAGAGGAUGACAGCAGCCUGGGCAGCGGGUCAUCGACGGACAGCUCCUACUAUCAAGGCGACGAUGACUAUGGCGAUACCAGUCAAGGCAGCGAUUCGGCAGUCACAGAUGCAGAGAGCGCAUCAGAAGCAAUGUCGACUACACACACCGCCCGCUCGUCCAACGGCAGCAGAGCCAGGUCGAGUCGAUUAGGCCGGCUUACUACCAGGGAAAUUGAGCCGUUAUCGUCCUCGAGGCAUGGUUCGCGCAAUCAGCCGUCCUCCCCUACAGCUUCGCGACCUCGCAGAAGCCCAUCAAGAGGUCCAAAGAGAACGAUGGCCUCAUCGUCGCUCCGAGAUUUAGACUCGCCCGAACCAUCGAUGAGACGAGGGACAGUCGCCAACCUGCAGCAGCAGCAUAGAUCAAACGACUCGCCAGCCAGAAGAGCUCGAAACGCAAAGGCCUUCUCACACUACUUGGGGUAUCCGGUUGAGUUUCUUGCAGAAAUGAUCGCCCCCAAGAGCGAGAUGUGCAAUCAACGCUUUGAGCUAGUCGUCGACGAUCUGGCCUUUGUCGGCCAUCCGGUCUACCAACGCGCUCGUGAUCCUGAUCAACAGCCCAAGGAUGAAGCAGGUAGAGGUCGCCCGCCAAGAAGUCAUGACGGUGGCACACCCCAAGAUAGCAGCGGAAGCUCAGAUACCACGCCUCCCACGUCAGCAUCGGCAUCAGCCACCCCUCCGGCCCCGCCAGUCGAGAUGCUACACCUCGUUCUCGUCAUCCAACCCCCGGACCCAUCUUACGCUACGCCCACCCUCGACUUGACGACCUGGCUGGGUCUGUGGUACGACAAUGUUACCUUUAAAAUGACGGCAGCCCUCUGGGCAGAAGAGCAGCGCUGCGGUUACGUCUCGCAGCAAGUGGCCCUUCUUUCCCGUCUUUGGGGAGCAGUCGAAGGGGGCACGGCCGGAGGUGGAGCCAGUCCAUCUUACGCACAUCACCUCUCCGAUGUGCUCCUCACCUCGUCCCUCGCCCGAAGCUUGCGGCAAAUGUUCCGCUCCCUCACUCGGCCAACGACGCACCGCUCUGCCCCCUUUGUGGUGCUGAAUGACUCGCUUGAGGUGCACCUUCAGCUGCCGCCACUCCUAACCGACCCGGCGCGCAUGGUCAAAAGCAUACUGGAGAUUGGUCCAAGCAUUGAGGCUGAUGAUCCGGAUGUGUGGGCGGACGAUGCAGUUGGAAACCCGCUGGAUGAGUGGACGAGAGCUACGGGGCCGCCACUGUUUCCCUGGAAGACGCUCCUGCUGCUUCACGAGCAGGAAGGCGAGAGAGAUGCAAGAGAGAAGGCGCGACGUUAUCGCUCCAUCGGCGGGGAAGUUGUGGAAGUGGACGACGAGGCCAGCGAAGUCAGCGAGCAGGUCAGCGCCCGCGACGCAAUGGAACAGCAAGGCGAUGCAGGUAUAGAGGUGUGGUCACGCAAGUUCACGUCGCACCUCGUUCCCACCAACUUGACUGGAAUACCUACUUUCGCCCAGCUUGCCACGUUGCUCGACUGGGACCUACAGCGGGAUGUGUACCCCAUGGCUCGACAUCUCGUCUACUACAAGCAAGCAAAAGUGGCUGAUGUGCCGCGCAUUCAGAACACGUACGCCGUCAGCCCUCUGUUCGAUAUGGAGGGAGACCUACCUCGCUUUGCGUUGAGCUUCGCAUUGCGCUUCCCUGACCAGCCGCCGCUGAUUCGCUUGCUGGCCAUACUGGGCGCAAGCCUCCAGCCAUUCAUCCAACAUUGGACAACACUCCAGCCCAACCUGACAAAGCAGGGCGAGGCGUCCAGUCGUAGCAUCAAUGCCCAAGCAAGGGAACGACGCUGUCUCUCCGUCCUCAUCUGGCUGCUCAGACACGACGUUCUCCUCCAGCAGCACCUGCGCUUCCGCCUCAUUGCAACGGAAGCAGUCAAGCGCAAAGCGAAGAAGAUGCACGAGCAACGUCGGCUGGAGAGGGACGAGGCUAGGAGAAGACGGGAAGAGAGGAGAGAGUGGAAAAGGGAGAGGAAAGCUUUGAAGCGUGGGGUUGAUCCCAGGAGACGUGAGGGAGCAUUAGUCCCUCUGGUGGCACAGAGUGCGCCUGAUGGGCCUGGGGAUGGGACUGCUGCUGCCGCUGCUGCUGCGGCCAAUGUGAGGGCGCGAGCGCCUUGGAUCUCACAGGUAGGAGUGGACGAGCAAGGGAGGGGCAGGCAAAGGCAGCGAUCCCGGUCCGCAGAAGCUCGACACCGUCAAGAGCAGCAGCUCGGUCAGCCGCAGCCGGAUAGCGACAACCACGCACGUCGUGCGGCCUCACGCAUUUCAUCUCAUUCGCGAUCACGAUCACGCAACCCACCCCCUCUGGGGCGUAUAGCUGCCUCAGGCCACCUCUUGAGGACCAGUGGCAGCAGCUCAAGGCCGGGCUCGUCCUCGGGUCUCCGCGUCGAGGCCUCACAUCCAGAGGUUGCGGAUACCCUUCAAUUCCACCGGAGGCACGUCUCAAGGUCGCGAAGCCCUAAUUCAGCAGCAGUCGAGCUGCCGAUCGUACCCAGUGCAGACGGAGGAGCGUCUGACGAAGCAGUCGCUUCUGUUGCAGCUGCCGUCGCUGCGUCAUCGACUAGCGCUGCAGGUAGCAAAGGAUCCGGUGGCGGUUUGAGCGUCGCAUCUACUCAAAGUGGCGGCGUUCAGGCAAGCUCGUCGAGGGAGAAGGCCAACCAGAUCCUCGCUGCCGAGCAUCAUCAGGUGGGACAACAUAGACGCGGGCCCAGCCUGACGAGCAGUGGCACCUCCCCUUCACAAGGGAGCAGCGCUCCGCAAGCGACAGACCACCCACCGAUCGCCUCUUCAUCAGGUGCGACUCGCGGCAGGCGACGACGCGGAGACAGUGGAGCUACGAGCGAUGGGAGUACUCGAGCGGGAAGGUCAGCCACCAUUUCCCAUUUCGAAGCGGCAAAACCCUCCCCUAGCUUCGCCCUUCGUACCUUCUCGCGUAGUCCAUCGCAAGCCCGUAUGAGGGUGAGUGGAUUUGGAGGCGAGGACGAGAAGGUUUGGGUUGAUGGGUUGGAGGUUACUGCUGAGACCGAGGUCGCGAAGACGCUGAGCAGCGCUGUUGCUCGGGCGGAGGGUCAAGAGCCGGCGCAGGAUGCACUGGACCACGACGAAGAGGCAGGAGAAGGGAUGGGAGCAGCUGCGGGGAACGAGGAGGGUGAGGACGACGAGGCCACAGCUCCCCCACGUCGGCUGAGUUUGGUAGGUGAGGAGAGCCCGCAGCCACCUUCGCCCCUUGGAGGGAGUGGGGAUGAGGCCGCGAAGCCGGUCGAGCAAGUCUCUGCUGCUUUGGCUUCUCCCACUCAGCCAGCGCAGCCCCGCCCUACACUCGACAUUGACGAGGACUCGAGCGAAGACGACUCAAACGGGUACACAUCAUCCUCGUCGUCAAGCUCAACAGACCCACGCAAUUGGGACCUUCAUCGCCCGUCUCUCAUAUCCGACCCUUCACGCGCUUCGAGAGUGGAAAAUGCUUGGAUAGAUGCGAUGCUCUCCCUCCACGCUGGUGUCUCCACGCGCGCCCACGCUUCGUCGCCUUCAGGAGACGAUGACAGUGGCUCGUCAGACGGUGAAGGUGAGGACGAUGAGAUGGGGGAAGCGACUCGUCAAUCCUUCUUUCGUCUCCUGCCCUAUCUCAACGGCCGACACACUAUCGAUGAAGUGGUGUGCAGAGAGGGGAUCAGCAGGCGAGAGGUACGAAAGUUGCUUAGGAGGUUCAGUGAGGAGGUGCUGACUUUUGUCCACCCUUGA